AUGUCUGCAGCGCAACUACCUGCCACGCCCACGCGCCGCAGUAGAGAUGACGAGGCGUCAAGCUCGAGCGAAUGGAAGACGUCACCUACCUCGUCGCGGACGCUCGAUGCUUCGUUCACGCCUUCUCCCUCGCGACACAAGAGCAAGGGCAAGGUCAAAGGCAAGGACAAUGCGCUGAUGGAGCGUUCUUCGCUGAAACGGAUCAGCGCACAGGGUGACGAAUAUCUGCUUUGGAAUCGGGUCGGCGGGGCAGGAAGUGCAACAGCACUGCGAGCGACUCCGCGAAGACGCACCCCGUGUAAGGCCAAGAUUCAUCCUUUCUUCCUUCCAUUCAGCCAAAGGCGAGCAGCUGUAGCUGCAGUGACAGAAGAUGAACCGUCUCGUCAGCAGCACGUCCUGCGGGUCGUUAGUCACGACGAGCCGGAAUCGAGUCACAUGGCGCAGAGGCGAGGAGCGGCAGCAGCGGCGAGGUGGAGCGACAUCAUGAAGACGCCGCAGAAAAAGGGUUACUCAUCGACGGCUGAAAGCCGUGAUGGAGCCUCGGGCGGUGCAAGACAAAAAAACUUAACAGCAGUAGUGGACACAGACUCUGACGACUCGAUGGACUGGGAAGGCGGUGCAGGGAUGAGACCGGCAUGGAUGGCUACGCCCGGCUCGGAUGUUUCUCGAACUGGGCUCCACUCCCGACAGCGUCAUAUUCACAGCGUCUACACGCCUCCGACGUCAGUAUCGCCGCUGUCGUCAUUUUCAAGCUCCCAACAAAAUGGCAAGACGGCUGUGAGAAGUAUUGUCGUAUCACCUACUGCGAAAGUGGCACAGAACUUAGGCCGUCUCAGCAGACGCAGCACACACAACAGUAGCGCUGCUUCCGGCACCAGCUCUGUGCGCUUCGAAAGCGCGCACCCGCAGGUACCGCUGGUUGCCAGAUCGCUCAUGACGCAGACCAGCGCCAGCGACCUGCUCUACAAGAUGCGUACGGGCGGAAUUGGUGGUCUAGCAGGUGGUCUUGGACGAAUGGGUCUGCAUCAAGGUGGCAGACUGGGUAGACUCGACAUCACUCCAUACUUAGGUACCUUCUUUUCCACCAGCACAACAGACUGCUUUGAGAUCCCACGCGGCCUCGGCCGUCGCUCGGCAGGUGGUGACCGAGAAGAAGAAGAUGGGGAAGAGGAGGACGGCAGCAACUACCGUGGAGGACCAUCGUCACCUUCACCACACUCGGACGAAGAGAACAUCCCGCCCGUGCCGAGCCCACAACGUGCGCCAUCCUUGGGCCUGCACUCUGCGCUGCCAAUUAGCCACCCCCUCUGCUGUGCUUAUUCGUACUCCUCUCGCUCGGCAAACGACCUGAACCAGUGGCUCGCGGUCGGCACGGACGAAGGGCGCGUCACGCUCGUUAACACUGCGCGCGACCCCGACACGGGCGACGCGCUCGACGCCGGCGUCGCAGCAGACUUGCCCAGCGCGCGGCCGUCGUGGCGCGCAGCGGAUGCAUCUGUCUUCAUCCUCGCCUGGCGCUUCGAUGACCGCGUCAUCGGCACCGGCGGCUCCGAUUACGAGCUGCGCCUGUGGGACACGGAGAACUGCAAGAUGCUUGGCCGCUUCGGCUCGAGCUUCGGCAGUCCACGCCAGCUGUGCUGGGACCCGAACGGCAACGGUAACCUCCUCUGCAGCGGCGGCAGGGACGGCGCGGUGCAUCUGUAUGACGCGCGUGUUCAUACUGCGUCUGAGCUGGUGCAGCCUCAUUCCUUCGGCGGCAUCUUCGCCAACAGAACCGGCAGCCACUGCGCUACCGAAGCGGCUCGUAAGCCAGUGCUCAGCCUAUGGAACGUGCACACCGCCAAGAACCGUGUUUUCAGCACACUGGGUGGCGUCGACCCCGGCCAACCGGGCCGUAAAGGGCCGCCAAAGGGUGUCACGGCGGUCGCGUACGUGCCGGGCCGCGAGCACUGCAUCGUCACUGCGGGCUGCGAAGAUGCGCGGCUGAAGGUGUGGGACUUCCGCGCUGCCAGCCAAAAAGUUGUCGCGGCAGCUGAGGUGGAACUCGUCAGCGGGGGUGGUGGUAAGCAAACGCUCAGCAGCAAUUCGUUCAGCACCAAGAGGUCCGCUACGUGGCAGCCCACAGACGAAGCGGAAGAUCUCUCCUCGCGCGAUGGAUUCAAUAAGAGCCCGCACGGCGUCUCCAGCCUGGUCACCAGCGGUGACCGACUCUUUGCUGCGUGCACUGAUGGUCGUAUCUAUUCGACGCCCACUGCGAGCCUGUUGCAGAGGCUUACUAUCACGCAAGGCAGUGGUACGCCGCUCUACAGUGCUGCGCAAGGCCACAACACGCUGUACGCUAAGAUGGCUCUCAACGACGACGAUCGCCUUCUUGCUGUCGGCUGUAACACUGGGGAUAUCAUGCUGUGGGAUGUCGCUCGUGAUGGCCUCGUCCCUUAUUCUGGCGUGCAGCUGACCGGAGGACACGCCCAAGAUUUCGAGGUCAAUGGUGUGUCGUGGGCGUCGGGCAUCCAAGGCACUACGCUGGCCAGUAUCUCCGACGAUCUGACGGUGCGAUGCUGGAGAGCAGACCGUCAAAAGCUGCGAAAAUUGCAAAGGGAAGAAGCAGAGAGGCAGGAAGGGAUGAACAUUGCAUUGUAAACAGUGGGCAUCUAAAUUGCGAAGGAAGCC